AUGGCGUUGAGUGCAGCUACUCCUGCUAUUCGAGGCUAUUUACUUGAUUGGGAUUGUCGAUGGGGUAUUAUAUCUGCAUCAGUUGAUGAUAGAACAGAAGAAGAAAGGGGACUUAAGCCCCUAUAUAAUGACCAAUUUGUUAUUCCAAAAUCACGAUUUGAUUCAGUAUCGUUUUAUCUUUCACCUAUGGGUGCUGCAUUCAAUGAUAUCCCACUUGUCUAUAAUCAAGAUUAUUAUAAUACUUUGAUCAAAGAAGGUGUCGACCAUGCAUUAGCACUACACGUUGCUCAUCUGUUUAUUCGUGAUCCAAUCAGUGUAUUUUCUGAGAGUCUUAAUCGUUCAGAAAAAGAAGAGACAGUGGAACACUUUGAGACUAUUCAAUCUACAAACUGGCAGUCGAUGCGUUUUAAACCACCACCUUUGAAUUCGUCAAUUGGUUGGCGUGUUGAAUUUCGACCAACAGAAAUACAACUUACAGACUUUGAGAAUGCUGCUUUUGUCACUUUCAUUUUAUUGUUAUCUAGGACAAUAUUGAAGUAUAACUUGAAUUUGUUGAUUCCACUUUCAAAAGUGGAUGAGAACAUUGUGACAGCAUUGAAACGUGAUGCUGUGCUAAAUGGAAAAUUCUACUUUAAACGCGGUCAUUUAAUAACCACAGAUGGAACUCCAGUUGAUUUAGCUAAAUCAUGUUCCAGUUACCGACGUCGACGUACAUAUUCUACACGUUGUGAUCCUUCAGAUUUAAAUUGUAUAUUAUCAAAUGAUGCACAUGAUAUAACCUCUUAUGAUACUAUUGAGUGUAAUCAGAAACUUCCAUCAUCUUGUGAUUCACCGCCUACAUUUUCUGAUGUGGAACCAGAAGACUGUUAUAUGUUAAUGUCGGUGAAUGAAAUUAUCAAUGGAAAUAGUACUUUUCCAGGUCUUCUGCCAUUAAUCCGGCUGUAUGUUAAAGAAACUGGUGGCCAUUUAGAGACUAUGGACCUUAUCAAUGGUUAUAUGGAUUUAAUACAGAAGAGAGCUUCAGGAGAGUUAAUGACAACUGCUAGAUGGAUCAGAAAUCGUGUCAUUAAUCAUCCUGACUACAAACAUGAUUCAUAUAUAUCAUCAAAGAUUAACUCAGAUAUUAUGAAAGAGUGUUGGGAUAUUAGUGAAGGAGUUAGCCGACCACCUGAACUAUUACCAUAUCUUUCAACUGAUAUUAAUUGUUCUGCGCUAUCAAACAAUACUAAUAUGAAUUAUUAUAAUGGUCUUUAUAGACUAGAUCAUGAUGUUAACGCUACCACUAUCACUACUACUACUACUACUACUACUACUACUACUACUACUUCUGGUAGUAUUAGUAGUAGUAGUAACAAUAACAACGAAAAUUCCCUGUUAUAAAUAUCUUGAUAUCUGCUUCACUUCCAUUACUACUAUUUCAAUAAUCAUCUCAUUUUUAUGCAAUACAAUAGAUAAACAGAUUUCAUUUCAAUUAAACUGUUCAUUUUAGAGGGAGAAAAAAAAUUUCCUUUCUUUUUUUUUUUCAAUUUUUCAUUUACUACUUAUUUACGCUGAAUUAUUUUAAUCAUGUUGUAAUCAUUAUUUACCGGCGAUAAUUCAAGUUUUCUCUUCUUCAUCAUAUUAUAAUAUGAUGUAACUAUUAUAAAGCAUAUUUCGAUCAUUUGUAUGAACUUUUUAUUGUAAAGAAGUCUAAUUGAAUCACUUUUAUUCCUCAUGAUAUAAUUAAGCUUGUUUACAUUGAUAAUUGUAAGUGGUUUGAAUAAAUUAUUUUCUCCUUAACGAUAAAAAUAUUUACUAACUUGAUUUUAAGAAGGAAGGAGGGUAACGGAGUGAGUGAUUCGUUUGUUUCAAUUCAUCCUACUAAUAUAUAAUCAUAAUAAAAAAUGUUUGGAGAUGAAUAGGGAUUUUGAAUUUAAAGGUAGUAUUCAUGAUGGAUUGACCUCAGUUGGAGAACUAUUGAAAAUUUGAUGCCGUUGAACAUCUAUUCCAAUCCUCCCCUAA